CCGACAACGAGUGUACGCAGUUACCACGCAGUUACCAAGCAGUUACCGCGGAGCCGCGGCGCAGACGUAGGCCUCAGGUCUCGGGACUCAGAGCCAGACCCCGCCAUCUCACGAUGUCAGAGGUGACCGAGGAACAGGAUUUUGUUAUUGUAACUGUCGACGACAGUGAUGAUAACAAUGGUUGCAGUAUUGAGAUGGUGGAAGUUUCUGAAACAGCAGAUAGUUCCACUAAUGACAUAGCAGAUGAUUCCACUUAUGUCACAGCAGAUAAUCCCACUGAUGACGCAGCCACACCAAAUUUUCCAGGCAGCAAUGAUGACCAUCACCGUCCACUCCAAAUGUCAUAUGUAGCCCAUGGUGACCAAACAGUUUCACAGAUGAACCACCCAGUACAUUUAAGAAGAUACAGUUACAACUCAGAGGAAGUGGAUUUGCCAAAAAGAGGAAGAUUAUGUACUCCAGAGGUACAGUCUAGCAUAUCAGUGCCAGCGGAAAGGCAGGAAACCCAUGCCUGGGCCAGCCCUGCUGUAACAUCUCUUGAGUCAGCAGCAUGUUGUGAACUGCAGGAAGCAGACCUCAGUGAGAGUUUAUCAUAUCCCAGAAUUGUCUCCUCAAGUUCAUUACAGCAGUGUGUCGCACAAGGUGGCUCAUUUCCUUGCUUCGGUAUGCCAUGGAACUUUAUCAGUGGAGGUGCUGAAAGUACCAAUGCUGUCAUCUCAUUUGCCAACGCUACUACAGCAGUACCUAUGGCAGGUCUGUCACGAGGAGAACCCAGUCUGGCAAACAACCCUGGUAUGGUGAAUUACUCUGCUCUACCAGAAAAUGAAAACGUGGGCCCAGGUAGAACCUUGUCAUCUUUCUGCUUCCAUCCUAAUUUGGAAAUGCCAGAAAGACCAGCAAACAGCAGUAAAAACAGCACUGAGACAGCAAAUUACCCAACUUUAGUGGGAAAUUACAAUGGCCAAAAUACUGCCUCUUUAUCUGUCUUCAUCCCUCCCUAUUUUGCUGAGAAAAUUAUACUUAUUGAAAUGCCAGGAACAACAGAAACCAACGUGGAAAAUAACUCUCAGACAGUGUAUUACCCAGCUUUAUCGGGAAAUACGAGUGCCCCAAAUCCAGCCUCUUCAAAUCUUCCCAUCACUUCUAAUUUUGUACUUGAAAGAGUUGCAGAAAUGCCAGAAACAGCAGGAACUAACGUAAAAAACAAUACUCAGGCAGUGAAUUACCCAACUUCAUCAGGAAGGGGCCGUAGCCAAGAAUCUGGCCCACAAAUGAGUUCUGAGACAAUGAGUUACUCAACUGUAAUGAAAAAUAACUAUGACCAAGAUGAUGCUUCAGCAUCUGCCUGCCUCACUCCCGAUUUUGCACUGUUACCUCUGAAUGUUUUGGUAAAAGUAGACACCAACACGGAAAACAGCCUCAACACAAUGAAUCACUCAACUUUAUUAGACAGUGACAGUGGCCAGGAUUCUUCCUCAUCAUCUGUCUGUAUCCCUCCCAAGUAUGGCUAUCUUGGUGAUCCAAAAAGAAAUGUCAGAGUACUUAAAACUCAUUUGCUGGCCGUACGAAAUAUGGCCAAACCUAAGCAAGCAGCCUGCUACUUGGUUCAUAUUUUGUUCUCCAAGGAAAUCCUGAUUAGCAGCUCAGUGGAUAUCCAUUUGAAAGACAGCCAAUCCCUCGACCCAAACAAAAUGGCUGCAUUGAGAGAAUAUCUGGCAACAACUUUUCCCACCUGUGAUUUGCAUGAACAUGGAAAAGACUGGCGGGACUGUAUUUCUGGUAUCAAUUCUAUGAUCUACUGUUUAUGUUCUGAAGGCAAGAGUACUCCAAAAACUGUUCGCAAAAAUAAAAAACGUACCAACCCUGUUGCACCGGCAUCUGCAGAUAGAAAUGAUCAAAGGGGCAGAGAUGGUGGUGAAGGCAGUUCUUGGAUGUUUCAGUCAAUGAAUAACUCCAAAAUGAGAGAAAAGGGGAACUUGCAGCCAAACAGUAAUGCUAUCCCUGAAGGAAUGCGAGAACCUUCCACUGAUAAUCCAGAGGAACCUGGUGAAGCAUGGAGCUAUUUUGGAAGACCAUGGAGAAAUAUACGAAUGCCAUAUUCAGUACUGACUUUGGCAAAAACUAAGUCUUGUGCAAGCAUGUCGGCUAGAUACCUUAUUCGAAAACUCUUCACAAAAGAUGUCCUGAUCCAAAGUAACGUCUAUGGCAAUCUGAAGCAUGGCCUGUAUGCCCUUGACCCCAAUAAGAUUAGUGCUCUCCGAGAGUUCCUCCAAGAAAACUACCCAAUUUGUGAUCUCUCAGAAAAUGGAAGAGACUGGAAGUUGUGUGUGACCUCCAUCAACAGCGGUAUCCGUAGCCUUAGACAUAACGUCAGAAGUGCUGAAGCCAGGUCUGAGUCGCUUCCAGCAGUGACCCCUCCAGAGUCCCAGCAGUGACUCCCAGCAGGAGUCAAAGCCAAGAGAUCCCGACGCCACUGACCCAAGCACCUGAACGGCAGCUGCCAAACAUUUUUUUUUUUUUAACUGUUAAGACUAUUUUGUAAGUUUCUCAAGUUCUAAUUCCAAAAUCAGCCUGCUGUACUGGCAGAGUAGUUUGCAUUUACACCUGUAGUAAUCGCCAAACCUCUUUUUCUGCUCAUAAAGGAGGUAGAAUCACAUUAGGAAGAUAUGUAAUGUUUCAUCUGCGGAUUUGACGACAACCUCUGAUUGAGGGAAUGGUAGUAAACUCCUCAUGGGCUUGUGACCCAUGGCUUUGACUUAGAUAAUUGACAUUAAUAUACUUUUUUUUGAUAAGGCAGAGAAAGAAAUUCAAUAGAAAGCAAGGAGUCAGUCAGUCAAAUAAUAUAAAAUGGUAGUUUUCAUUGCUGUUGAAUGUGGGGUGAGAAGAGCAGUACACUCAGCAUGUAAUGACAGAUGACAUCUGAGUGUCAGUGAAUAAAGAUAGGUAGGGAGCUGUAGGAGAGGCACCGGGAAAUAUUUGCCAAGCGUAGAAACUUGCAGGCAGUAGACAUUCAGUAUCUGCCAGGUACAUCUUAACCAAGGGCUUAGAUCUUAACACCACUAACUCAGAAGCGAGGUAUGGUUUACAUAUAACCAAAGGACCCACAGUGCCUUUCUUAACAUCCAUCAGAAUCAUAGGAUUGAUAUCACAUUGUUUGACCUAAGCUUUCCGAUGAGACCUGUGUUCUUUUGAUUGUCUCUUGAUGAGAACAGCAUUUCUUUAGUUACCUCCUGAUAAUAUCUUAGCAUUGAAGUUUUCUCAGGGUUAACAUAGAAAAUCAUAUUAGAAAACUGUAGUUCCAUUUAAGUAGGUUAGAUUUAAGAAUAUGCUACCGUAAAUGCUAAGGAUCUGACCAAAUUCAGACAUUAACAUUAUUUUUGGUUUCCAAAAUGUCUGAGUGAAGGUUUUAAUAUGUUUGCUGUAUUUUUCUGAUAGAUUCUACUCAAUAUAGAUUCUAUCAAUUUCUAGUUGAAAUGCAUACAAAUGUAAGUCUUACAAUGUUUUAAGUGAAAAAAAAGAUUCAAAAUUCAGUUAGAAAAAAAGUGGUUUUAAAGGAUAUUGACAAGAUUCUUAGAGAAUUAAAAAAUAAUUUCAUUUUGCUCAUGCAUAGGAUUUUAUUUUUAACGUAGGCACUUGAUUUUAAAGAAAGUUCUUGAAUGUUUCAGCCAUGGGAAGUACUCUAUAAUUUCAUCAUUCGACCAUUUGUGUUUAAGAACCAUUUUGCCAGGUUUAAUGCCAUCUUUCAGCUUUUAACCUAUCAAAUGGUCCUCAGUCACAUUUGUUUUAUAGCAUUCUUAGGUAUUAUUCAAAAAGCAAUUUUUUCCCUUGUAAGAGGUCAGCCCUUAGUUUUGGUCAUUGGCUUCUGACCUAUGGCUUUGUCUUAGAUAAUUGACAUUAAUAUACUUUGUUUUUUUGAUAAGGUAGAGAAAGAAAUUCAAUAGAAAGUAAGGAGCCACUCAGUCAAAUAAUAUGAUUCGUAUAAAACUUGACAAGUCUUUUUAUUUUUAUGACUUGCGAGAUAGUUUAAGAUAUUUUUAUGUGACCAAUUUGUAGAAUGAAUAUAUAUUUUCAAAUUUAUUUUUUCAAAAUUCAACUUUUAGAGUAUUUUAGCAAAAUAUAAGUAUAGUUUAUAAUAUAUAAGUAUAGCUUUAUAAAGAUAUUAAGGAUUUAUUUUUAAAAAAAUUCUCUGAAUAAUUUGCUGUAGUAGUUGCCUUCAGCUUAAUAAAACCAUAGUACUUCUACAUACGUUUUUAUAAGUUAGGCUAUGCCUACAAAGGUCUUAAAAAGUAGAUAAUUUACCGGGUAUAGUGGCUCACACCUGUAAUCCCAGCACUUUGGGAGGCCGAGACGGGUGGAUCACCUGAGGUCAGGGGUUCGAGACCAGCCUGGCCAACAUGACGAAACCCCGUUUCUACUAAAAAUACAAAAAAAGUAGCCAGGCGUGGUGGCAUGCACCUGUAGUCCCAGUUACUCGGGAGGCUGAGGCAGGAGAAUCACUUGAACCUGGGAGGUGGAGAUUGCAGUGAGCCAAGAUUGUGCCACUGCACUCCAGCCUGGGUGACAGAGUGAGACUCCGUCUCGGGAAAAGAAAAAAAAAAAAGUAGAUAAUUAAAAAAAUCUUGCAUAAAAAAAAAUCUUCCAUGAAGGGCAAAAAGGCUUUAACUUCCAUUAUUCAGAUUUAAUCCAACUAAGAUAGUCUUUGGCUUCACUGUUCAGUUUCACAAGUUAUUUUACAAACUACUAGUAACAGAGCUAAUACAGAAUGGUAAUCCACAUUAUAAACAUAGAUCAAAAUAGCACAUCAUACCCCAUAAAUACAUGCAGUUAUUAUUUGUCAAUUAAAAAUAAAUUUUUUUUUAAAGAAAGGUAUAGUUCGACCCUAGGCAAGAAGAAAUUUCAAAUUGUAUAUGCAGAUUUUGAAUUUGGUUUAUAUUUUGUGGUAUCUGAAAUAUUCCCUGGACUAGAAGCAAAACCACAGAAACAAAACUUUACAUUUAGAAAAAAAUUUCAAGACUUCUAUUGCUAACUUUAUUACAUUAGCGGUUUUUAGAAGUUAUUUAGAGCAGUCUUGUCUGAUAGAACUUUCCACCAUGAUGGAAAUGUAAAUAAAUAUGCCACAUUAAAAAUAUAAAUUUGCAGUCUCCAAUAGGCUCGUAUGGCUAUUGAGCACUUAAGAUGUAACUAAUUAGACAGAGGAAGUAAAUUUAAAAUGUUCUCUCAUUUUAGCUAAUUAGAAUUUAAAGUGAAAUAGCCACAAGUGGAUAGUGGCUACUGUGUUGGAUGGCACAGUUCAAAAUGCCCCUUAUUUAUAAAAAAAAGUGUUUAAAAGUGGUUCCCAUGGCUUGAAGAGGAAUAACAUACACAUAACUUCUUUAAAAUCACAUUUUGUUUGAGAUGGAGAUCUUGCUAUAUUGCCCAGGCUUAUCUGGAACUCCUGGGCUCAUGAGGGAGGAUCACAUUUGACUGGACAAAAUACAUUUUAUAAAGGCGUUUUGUAUUUUAUGUUAAAGUGGAAUUGUGUCUUCAAAAUUGUGUCUUCAAAAUUCUGUCUUCAAAAUUUCACAGGUUAAUUCUAUUACUGUAUUAGUCCAAUGUUAAACAUUUUAAAUGCCUGCUCAUAAGACUCACUUUUGAUAAAUAAAUGUAUCUUUAAUGUUUUGUUUCCCAAACAGAUACAAUAAAUAAACAUUUAAAAUGCCUU